UUGCGGCGGCGUUUCCGUCUGCCGGGAGCGACAUGGCGGCGGUAGCGGCUACCGCCUUCUCCUAUUCCUCCUCCUCCUCCGUGCUGCGCCCGGCCUUGGCGCCGCUGAGGAGAUGGCGAGCCCUCUCUCGCCCGCCUCCCCGCGCCGCUUACAGCACUAGCAGCUCCCCUCGCAGCGCCGCCAGUGAUGAAGCAACCAUUAUCUCAGGGACUAAGCUUGCUAAACAAGUUUUGAAAGAAGUUCAAAGGGAUGUAGAAUCAUGGAUAUCCUUCGGAAACAGGAGACCUCAUCUCACUGUCAUAUUAGUAGGAGACAAUCCAGCUAGUCAUAUCUAUGUCAGAAACAAGAUAAAAGCAGCUGCAGCUGUAGGCAUUUCUAGUGAGAUCAUACUGAGGCCUAAGGACAUUUCUCAGGAAGAACUCUUAGAUAUGACGGUAAAACUCAACAAGGAUUCAGCAGUUAGUGGUUUAUUAGUUCAGCUACCUCUCCCAGAUCACAUAGAUGAAAGAGCAGUUUGUAAUGCUAUCACACCUGAAAAGGAUGUGGAUGGAUUUCAUAUUAUGAAUAUUGGACGUCUGUGUCUUGAUCAGCCUUCUAUAAUACCUGCCACGGCUGCUGCUGUGUGGGAAAUUAUAAAACGAACAGGAAUACAAACAUUUGGAAAAAAUGUUGUUGUAGUUGGAAGAUCUAAGAAUGUUGGAAUGCCGAUUUCAAUGCUUUUACAUACCGAUGGCGAACAUGAAAGGCCUGGAGGUGAUGCUACAGUGACCAUUACUCACAGGUACACACCAAAAGAGCAGCUCAAGAUCCAUACGCAACUUGCUGACAUUGUAAUAGUAGCUGCAGGUAUCCCAAAGUUGAUUACAACUGAUAUGGUCAAAGAAGGUGCAGCUGUGAUUGAUGUAGGCAUCAACCAUAUCCACGAUCCUCUUACAGGAAAGACCAAAUUAGUUGGGGAUGUGGACUUCAAAGCAAUGGGGGCAUUGAGUGAAGAGUCAGCUAUUACUGUUCCAUCCCUCAGCACCGACUUAUGGAAUAAUAGCACAAAAAACAACGCUGAAGUAGACUACACAGAGCAACCAAAGCUCUUGAAGCUCAUGCAGACCUGUCUUGAAGAACACCACAGCUAUUGUAUCAAUGGGCUCUGUGCUUUCCACAGCGAAUUGAGGAAACCCAUAUGCAAGUGCCUGGCAGGUUAUAAUGGAGAGAGGUGUGAACACUUAACACUAAAUUCAUAUGCACAUAAUUCUUACGAACGCUACAUUGCUGUGGGAAUUGGUGUAGGAAUACUGGCAAGUGGGAUACUUGCUAUCAUCUACUGCUACGUAAGAAAGAGAUGCAGGAAAUUGAAAUCACCCUACAAAGUCUGCAUGGGCGAGACGGCGUUGUGAAGGUCGGGCAUUGGGACACUUACCAGUUUGCCUGUAAACGAGAGGAAGUUCUGCUGGGAAGGCCACCCCACGCCAUCUGGCAGGUACCCCAGCCUCGCUGAUGAGAUGAAUAAAGGGAAUGAUGGAGGAAGUACAUAAAAGGAACUCCUGCAGAACUGAUAGGCUCCAUUCAAUUUUGAAGAAAGACUUCCUCUUUUUAGUAAAGGUUACUAAAUGAGCAGGUCUGACCAGCUAAGGAUACCUGUAGCCCUCUCGACGCUCUCCUGUGGUUGGUAUUUGCUGAGUGGAGGACUGGUUGGUUUUAGCUAUUUUCAGUCAUUUCAAGCCCUAGUACAGUGUUCUGCUCUGGUCUUUUGUGUCUUUUUUUUUUUUUUUUUUCUUUGUCCCCCCCUUCUUUUUUCUCCUCUGGAGGAAAAGCACAACCUGUGUCACAAUGGAGUUGUAUUCUGAACAUCAUGUGCUGACACGUAACCGUUUGGGUUCUGAUUUCAGUGUAUGCUGCCUAUGUGUGUGGAUAAACAGCCCUCUUCCAACACUACAGUUAUCUUCAGUGUGCUAAGCAAAGUGUAGGCUUCUGUUGCCAUGAAGGACAAAAUCGUAAAAUGCUUUGGACUGAGGAAAAUGGAUGGUUCUCAAAAGCUUACGUAAACUUAGGAAUAGAGAGUAAGCAAUUCCUGGAAAAUUAGAUGGUGACACUUCUGGGCACGUUCUUACUAUUUUCAGAAGCAAAGGAAUUGGACAUCUUUCUCAAAAUGGAUUAUUGAGUGUGCUCAUGACAAAAAACUCUACUCUUCCCUAACAUCAUAUAGCAGCUCAUCAGAUUCACAGAACUUCAGGCAGAACAUUACCUUGCUGCAGUGUGAUUUCAGCACAAGACUUCAGUUGCUAAAAAAGCUGAAAUUUUGCUAUGAAACUCGGGUGUAGCCUUGCCCAGGAACACGCGCUCUUUAUUCUGUACUCACAUGAUGUGCACAAAUGUGACCAUUCAAAUAAGAAGGAAGUGACCGUAGAGAUUUUGUUCCACCCUGGACAAACAGAUUUACAUAUCAGAUGUUUGUUUUUCUUCAUCUUGCCUACAAAUAAUUGAAAAGAUAAAAAGAUUUUGUUCAAGGAAAAGGGAAGAAAAUAGGAUCUGAAGACAGUGGCACUGACUGUGACUUCUCACUGACAGUUGGAGUGUUUGCCAGUGCUGAUGAGACUGGAGAUGACUAUGAGAUCUUCAUUUCAGUUGUUACACAUAGCAGGCACAUCUGCUAAGCUUAGUCAUCUACAAGAAAAAGGCAGUUAGGGACUGUGCAAUUUUAUGGGAUGAUAUGGCUCCUAAAUUUAGGUGCCCUGCUGGAAAGCUCCAUUUCUUUGUUAUGUGUGUUAAUUGUCCCAACAGGACGCGUGUCAUUUCUUGAAAAAAAAAAAAACCCCUGUGUAUUUGUGAGACUACAGUGAUAAUGCUGAAAUGCGUAUGAAAGACUGGGCUUUGGAAGGGUAAAUGUACAUUUGGCACUUGAGUGGUCUGAAGUUCAGUGGGCUUCUCACACAGGGGCAUCCUGGUCAGUACCUGAGUCAGCUUGACUCUCUGAUACUAAUAAAUAAAACGACACAUCACA